GAUUGAUAAAACGGCCUACAUUUCCCAGCAUGCUGUUAGACAAAUGUCACAACAAACCUCGGUACUCUUGUUUAAAACGGUGUCAUUCGUAACAAAUAAGACAUAUUGACCUAUGGCCACACUGGAAUGGAAACAUUUGAGCUAACUCACUGAGGUCCUGUUUACAAAGACACACAAUGAGCCAUUUUGUGUUGCUAAGAUUACACAGUGGAGAACGCUGCAGAGCUCUUCUUACCCUCUGUCGUUCUCUCACCUGGCGGGCGCUGAGCUCUCUAUCUAUUAGCCACAGCUUAAGAGAAAGCUACCGUCUGCUGCAGCUGCCAGAUAAUGGAGCCAGUAGCCCUGCAGAGGUGAAAGAGGCUUACCUACAUAUGGCCAAACUCUACCAUCCUGAUUCCGGCAAUCCCACGGCAGACGCAGCUUUAUUUUCACAGGUAGAGGAGGCUUAUAGGGCCGUCCAAGCCCAUAUGGCACGGCAGAGAUCAACCUCCCAGUACCCUCAGCAAAUGGAGGAGGAGGAAGAGGAAGAUAAGGUUAAAGGUCAGGUUCCUCAACACAGACACUACCUCAGUUUCGAAGGCAGGGGUUCAGGAACCCCAAGCCAACGGGAAAGGCAAUACAGGCAGUUCCGCAUUGACCGUGCAACCGACCAGGUCCUGGAGUAUAGACGCAAGGAGAUGGAGAAGGCGGCAGCGGACGAGGGUGCCAUGGUGACCCGGGACGCACGCUUACGCAGCAAGCAGAUCAAAAUCACCCAGGCGGUGGAGAGGUUGGUGGAGGACCUCAUCCAGGAGUCCAUGGCCCGCGGAGACUUCAGGAACCUCAGUGGAACCGGCAAACCGAUCAACAAAUUCGACCAUAACCCGUACAUGGAUCCCAUGACGCACAACCUCAACAGAAUCCUCAUUGACAAUGGGUACCAGCCCGAGUGGAUUGUCACACAGAAGGAAAUCAGGGAAACCAUCGAAAAAAUGAGGGCGAGGUUGCAGGAGGUCAGGGCCAGGCUUGGUGAACCCAUGAGGCACUCAGAAGUCCUCCAGUGGAAAGAGCACUGUGCGGUGUUUGCUGAUGAGCUGGUGAAACUGAACAAAAAAGUGGAUAAUUUUAACCUGAUUGUGCCUCUUAUGAAUAGGCAGAUGGUGCAUUUUAGUCUGAAAAGGGAGGUGGAGAAAAUACUGAAAACUGACAAGCUGUUAAGGCCGCAGAAGGAAAGAGAGAAAGAAGGAAAACAGAUGGAAGAGAUGAAGACAGCAAGAACGUCUCAGCACAUCAAACAAGGUCUCAUUACAUGGAUGCAGAAUCUUCUCAAAUGAGAUGCAUUUAAAAUAUAAAAAAUAACAUUUUACAAUAAGGUUGUACAUAAGUAAAUGUGUUAGUUAACAUGAUCUAAUUUUAUUUAUUAAUGUUAGUUAUAGUUAAUGCCAAUACAGCUGUUCAUGUAAGUUUAUUGUGCAUUAACUAAUGUUAACAGAGAGCCUAUAAUUUGUAAUUAUUAGUAUUAGUAAAUGCUGAAAUUAAAGGAAAACACCAUUGUUUUUCAAUAUUUAACUUUUACCUCAGCUCAGACUAAUUAAUACAUUCCUUUUUUUUUCAAUGCGUCCAGGUAAUCUUUGUACAGCAUGUUGUGAAUUUAGCAUUUAGCCUAGCCCCAUUCAUUCCUUAGGAUCCAAACAGGGAUGAAUUUAGAAGCCAACAAACACUUCAAUGUUUACCCUUUUUAAAGGCUGUUACAUAGUUACACAAAAUAAAAGAUUAUUUUAUGAUGUUACUAUAUGUUAUUAUACAAUGUUACUGCGCACCAAGGUCGAAGUGCUGCAAACUAAGUACUCUUCCGCCAUAUAAUAUAGUUCUAAUUUUUUAUCCGCUUAAAAAAAAUCACCACGUUUUAUUUUGUGCCACCAUACUUACUCGUGUAACUACUCAUGUAACAGUCUUUAAAUAGGGAAAACAUGGAAGUGUUUGGUGGCUUCUAAAUUCAUCCCUGUUUGGAUCCUAAGGAAUGAAUGGGGCUAGGCUAAAUGCUAACACAUUCACAAAGUGCUAUGCAAAGAUGAAGUGCACGCAUUUACAAAAGAUAGGUAUGUAUUAAUUUGUCUAAGUUGAGUUAAGAUCAAAGUAAAAUAUUGAAAAAAGGUUGUGUUUUCCUUUAACAUGAACUAAGAUUAAUAAAUUCUGUUGUAUUGUUCAUUGUUAGUUCAUGUUAGCUAAUACAUGAUGUU